AUGGCAAGACGCUACAGUCGUUCAGAGAAAGGAAAAUGGCAGGCCCCUCCGGAGCCUCCAACCAAGCGACCUCCAGUGCGUAUACCGGCGAAUGACUGCGAUGACCUUAUCGAAGCCAACAGAUUAACAGUCAUAGGAAGAUUGACAAACCCUAUGGUUCAAAAACCCAGAGCAGUAAUAGACUUCAUGGCUCAGGUCUGGAACUUGGAGGGAAGGUUAGAAGGAAGAAUUCUUGGGCUAGAUAAAUUUCAGGUUAAUUUUAGAACCGAAGAGAACCUUCUGCAGGUUCUUGAGAAGGGACCUUACCACUAUAAACGGUGGAUGCUUCUACUACAACGUUGGGAACCAACAGUGUCUGACCAAUUCCCAUCUAGUAUCUCCUUCAAUGUAAAGAUUCACGGUAUCCCCCUACAGUACUGGUCUGAGGGCACCAUCCGUACUAUCGGACAGGAACUUGGACCUUGUGUUAUCAGAGAUGUCAAAGAAGCCAAAAUUUGGGUGGAGGUUAAUGGUCUCCAGCCACUAGUCAUGAAGAUGGAGAUAGAACUACCAACUGAUGAUAUUACCGAAGUGGAGUUUGAAUAUAUCAAGAUAGAGAAACAUUGCUUUACAUGUUUCUUUUUGUUCCAUGAGGAGGCUGACUGCCUACAACGCCCUCAAAAUGCUCCUCCAAAAAAAAGGAUGUUGGGAAUCACUCAGAGCAUUGCCCUACAGAGAAUUGAGGCGGAAAAGCGACGUCAUGAUGACAGAAGAGGUUAUAGAAGACCUGAAGAAUCACGCCCAAUUACCAGAACUCCUACUGCAGGGUAUUCCCAAACUAGAAGGGACAGAUCAUCUGAAGUGAGGCACUACUCUCGAGAGGGUGACUAUGGAAGAGAUAAUUCAAUUCUGUCACGGACAGCUCGCUCAAACUCUGGAUAUCGCAGAACGUAG